CCGAGGGCACCGGCGCUGCCUGGGGGGGCCCCGUUCUCCGGCCACCGCCCGACGCCUCAUCCCCGCCUCUGCCGGAGCCGGCGCUGCCCGCGGAGCAGCCAUGAGCUGGGGCACGGAGCUGUGGGAUCAGUUUGAUAACUUGGACAAGCAUACGCAGUGGGGCAUUGACUUUUUGGAGAAAUACGCAAAAUUUGUAAAAGAGAGGAUAGAAAUUGAGCAAAACUAUGCAAAACAACUGAGAAAUCUGGUUAAGAAGUACUGUCCUAAACGCUCACCAAAAGAUGAGGAACCCAGGUUUACUUCAUGUAUUGCCUUUUUUAACAUCCUCAACGAGCUGAACGACUAUGCAGGACAACGAGAAGUAGUUGCAGAAGAAAUGGGACACAGAGUCUAUGGAGAGUUGAUGAGAUACUCUCAUGAUCUGAAAACUGAGAGAAAAAUGCAUCUUCAGGAAGGGCGAAAGGCUCAGCAGUAUCUGGACAUGUGCUGGAAACAGAUGGAUAAUAGCAAGAAGAAAUUUGAGAGAGAAUGCAGAGAGGCAGAGAAGGCACAGCAAAGCUAUGAACGACUGGACAAUGAUACUAAUGCAACAAAGGCUGAUGUUGAGAAGGCUAAGCAACAGUUAAACCUGCGCACACAUAUGGCUGAUGAAAACAAAAAUGAAUAUGCUGCACAACUACAGAAUUUUAAUGGGGAACAGCACAAACACUACUACAUUGUCAUUCCUCAGAUUUACAAGCAACUUCAAGAAAUGGAUGAAAGGAGGACUAUCAAACUUAGUGAAUGUUACAAAGGCUUUGCUGACUCUGAGCGCAAGGUUAUUCCAAUUAUCUCAAAAUGCUUAGAAGGGAUGAUCCUUGCAGCAAAAUCAGUUGAUGAACAUAGAGACUCUCAACUAGUGAUAGACUGCUUCAAAUCUGGUUUUGAACCACCUGGGGAUUUUCCAUUUGAAGACUACAGUCAGAAUAUUUACAGAACCAUCUCUGAUGGAACCAUCAGUACACCAAAGCAAGAGGGAAUGAGAAUCGAUACAAAAACUACAGUUGGCAAAGCUAAAGGAAAGCUCUGGCUAUUUGGAAAGAAACCAAAGCCACAAUCCCCACCCCUAACCCCUACUAGUUUAUACACAUCCAGUACUCCUAAUGGGUCCCAGUAUCCCAUAUUCUCCAUUGAACCAGUGCAUUAUUGCAUGAGUGACAUAAAAACAGGGAAGCCCAGAAUUCCUUCUUUCAGAAGCCUCAAAAGAGGGUGGUCGGUGAAGAUGGGCCCUGCACUAGAAGAUUUCAGCCAUCUCCCUCCAGAACAGAGACGCAAGAAACUGCAGCAGAGAAUCGAUGAACUGAACAGAGAGCUACAGAAGGAAACAGACCAAAAAGAUGCCCUCAUCAAGAUGAAGGAUGUUUAUGAAAAAAAUCCCCAGAUGGGUGAUCCAAGCAGUUUGCAACCAAAAUUAACUGAGACUAUGAGCAAUAUGGACCGACUUCGGAUGGAAAUACACAAGAAUGAGGCCUGGCUCUCUGAAGUUGAAGGUAAAGUAGCAGCCAGGAGCGACAGGAGGCACAGCAGUGACAUCAACCACCUUGUCACCCAGGGCCGAGAGAGCCCUGAAGGGAGUUACACAGAUGAUGCCAACCAGGAAGUUCGUGGCCCACCACAGCAACACGCUCAUCCCAAUGAGUUUGAUGAUGAGUUUGAAGAUGAUGAUCCAUUACCAGCUAUAGGACACUGCAAGGCAAUAUAUCCCUUUGAUGGUCAUAAUGAAGGCACUCUAGCAAUGAAAGAAGGGGAAAUUUUGUACAUUAUUGAGGAGGACAAAGGAGAUGGGUGGACAAGAGCUCGAAGACAUAAUGGAGAGGAAGGCUAUGUGCCAACAUCAUAUAUAGAUGUAACGCUAGAGAAAAACAGCAAAGGUUCCUGAAGCGGGUUUCUG